UGCUUCUGUCUACUGAACCGUUCAACACUUGACAGUGGACAGGAGUGUGGACCUGAGUUGCAGUGAGCUAAAGCAGAGGCAGUAGAAAGGAAGAUAAAGAUUGAAGUCUUACUAUAGUGACAUCUCUGGAGAAGGUACAUGUGACCCACGGGGCUCGCUAACGCAGACAAGGUCGAGGGAGGUAACUCGAGUUCACUCUAGGCGAGAAGGAAAACUUCCAUAUUGUGUUCUCAGUGCAAAUAAACUCACCCAAACCUUAAUUGAAAUGAUUACACGACUGAGCCUUUUCAUAGCAUGUUUGCACAAGAUGUUAGUAAAAGUUAACUUCCCCUGUUAAAUAAAAAUAAGUUCAAAUAAACAAUAAUUACACACGUCCCCAACCUUUCAUAUAACUUCUGCUGCUUAGUCAUGUCCUUUAGAAUCACUACCUUGGAUAAACCCCAAAGCAACACAGCUGAAGUCCACAGAACCUAUGACUCAUGUGCCCAUAAUGCGACAGCCUUUAUAAUAGACCUCAAUGACAGGGAACAUCAGGAGUAAUCAACCAUCGUGUGGCUAUAUACAGUAAGAAUCCGUCCUAAACUAGCUUGGAUUAUGUUGAGUUAUUAUUAACCAAUGCCGCGAAAGUUCUACUUCGAUUUUUGGUUCUGACGAAGAACUUCAGCGUGAAGGACUUCAGGAGAGAAUUCCAUCAGAUCGAGAAUGAAGGCUUUCAUUUUGUGGUGGACGGGACAUUUGGAAGAAUUUGUACAAUCGUGCAAUAAUGGAGCCAUUAAAGGACUGAUAAUUAACUGGUGGCCCGCGGGCCGAAUCCUGCCCGUCAAAUUGUCCAAUAGGGCAAGGGGUCUGUUUCCACUUCCUGUGUUGUCUGCUGGGUGGAGUCAGUGUGAUCACACUCACCCGUGUCUCUGAUUAGUCUCACUGGUGUCACCUGUUUCCCUGGGUGUAUAUACAGUACCUCUCUCCCUCACUCUGUCUUGGUGCGAUUGUUGUUUGUGGUCAGUGUUUGCAGUCCAUGGGUUGGAGAAGUGAGAAAAAAGAAGUGCAUGUUUGUGGACCUGUAGUUGAAACUCCUGUGAAUUUUUAUUGUUUUGGCACUUGGUAAUGAACCUGCUGGACCUUUGUGCUGCGUUUGGGUUCUGCCUGCUUCCUACCAUGUAACACCUGUAUUAGAACAUUAACCUCACUAAAAAUAAAAUAAUGAAAAUGUGCAGUAACAAAGCUAACCAAUAAGUUUGUCUGUUGCAGUACUGUGUACUGCUUUUUCCGAAUAUUAACAAAAAAAGCAAGCCUACGACACAAAUGCAUUUGAGCACAAUCCCAUUUUUCAUGCAAAUAUGGAUGCAGUGGUGCAGACAGCCUCCCUCUCUCUCCCUCUCUGCCUCUCGCUCAUCUCUCACCCUCCCUCCCCUCCCCUCCCCUCCGCACUGCUGGCCUCGGCCCCAGAACCGGCGUAAACCAUCAACAGUAUGUUCGCAGGCUCGGGCUGUGUACUAGGAAACAUGAGCAGGGUGAAAUAUUCAGAGUCCCGGGCGGUGCAGAGCAGGCCGCUGGAUAAAGGAGAGGAGGAGACGCUGGAGUGAACGGUUUGAGCUCAGGGUCUCAGUGCGUGAACAUGUGAGCAGGGAAUGGGAGACUGGAAACGGGAUUAUUGUUGCACACAGCACACAGACGAAGGAGGGGCCCGUCACAGGUAACACAACGGGGGGAACUGUGACGAAUCCAAGAAGAGUUAUUUACCAUUUUGUUUUAUAAAAAAAAAUACUUUUGAAUAUCAGCGCUAUUAGAGGACUGACUGGCGGAGAAAAUGAACACCAUCGUGUUUAACAAGCUAAGCAGCCAGGUGCUGUUCGAAGAGAAGGCGACCGAGGUGGAGAUGAGCAGCAGAAAUUAUCUAGAAGUCAUUGACGGGCAACAUCCAGACCUCCUGUCCAGCAACCAGGUCAUCAGGGACAACCAGGCCAUGAGACACAGACGGAACGGGGGUCGACCUAGUGGUGGGAAGGUGCGACACAAACGCCAGGCCCUGCAGGACAUGGCGCGACCACUCAAACAGUGGCUGUACAAACACCGGGACAACCCUUACCCCACCAAGACGGAAAAAAUCCUGCUGGCCCUCGGCUCGCAAAUGACCCUGGUCCAGGUCUCCAACUGGUUUGCCAACGCGAGAAGGCGACUGAAGAACACGGUGCGGCAGCCGGACCUGAGCUGGGCGCUCAGAAUCAAACUCUACAACAAGUAUGUUCAGGGCAACGCAGAAAGGCUCAGCAUCAGCAGCGACGACAGCUGCUCAGAAGGUACGGCGGCGACAGCCCUCCCUCUCUUUACACUGCGGGUUCAACAAGGGUCAAGUUGCAAAUGUGAGAAACUCACAAUCCACCAGCAUCACAGCUUUGUGACCAAAAUAGAUGGUGACAACCCUCAGAGGACACAGAGCGGCCCUGAGGAGCUUACCAAGCCCAUGUACCAGAGUGUCAUCAAAAAGGAGGGCUCCUCCAUGGUGGGCAUGGCCAUGGGCAUGGGCGCAGGACUACGCUCGGCCGCCGAGGCCGCCUCCCUGGCCGACGACUACGUUUCUCCCCCCAAAUACAAGAGCAGCUUGCUGCACCGCUACCUGAACGACUCGCUGCGUCACGUCAUGGUGGCCAACGCCGUCAUGGACGCUCGCAAGAGGAACCACUCCGGCUCCUUCAGCUCGAACGAGUACGACGACGAGCUGCUCUCACCGUCCUCUUCAGAGGCCGAGGCUAACUUUGUUUAUCGUGCUGAAACCACAGACCAUGGAUCAAGUAAAUGUGACAACGGAGGGGGUUGCUUUGGCGCUGUGCAAAAGGAGAAGGUGAAGGGCAAAGACGAGACGUACUGGAAGGAGAUCAACGCGGCAAUGGCCUUGACCAACUUGGCACAAGGCAAGGACAGCGUCUCGGGGACCACCAGCUGCAUCAUCCAGAAGUCCUCCCAUAUAGCAGAAAUCAAGACUGUUAAAGUGCCGCUGGUGCAGAAGUAUUAGCCCCGAUGUCACCCUCCCACCUCUCUAUGCAAACACACAGCUCUGUUGGACACGAGUAGAGGACUGUUGUUGACGAAGAAGAGGAGUCUGUGUGGCAAAAUAAAGGGACCUGAGGUGAUCAGAUGGAUUGUGUGUCUCCUUCCCCCUCGUCCUCUGGCAGAUGUUGACUGGACCUGGUCAAGCAUGACACGUGUACAGGACAACUAAGGUGAAAAGCAUUGUUAAAAAGACAACCUCUUGGUCGGAGUCUUCACUGCUGCCGUAGGAGCUGUCGCAGCACUCAGCCACGUACAGAAAUGUGUGAAUGUUGGGAUUCAGCUUGGGAACCCAGUGGUUCUUCCACGGUGCAUACGAGGAGGAGUUUGGUUUCAUCAACUGUGGCUUUCCAACCUGAAUAAGCUAUGUUAAUGACUCUGUGUACCAUGUCAUUGACAAACUAGUGAGCCUACACCUGGUGGAUUGCAGAUGCCGUGCAGGUCUAUCUCACCUGGUAACACCUGGUGUCCCGGCACCACUAGGGAGCAGCAAAGCACUUUUAAGUGAAUGUUAGAUUUGAAUGCACCAUUUUGUCAAAGCAGAGAUUUUGUUUGAAGAUGUUUUUCUUUGUACGGAUCUUUGUAUCAAAUGCUGCUUUUAUAAGUUUACUCUUUAUAAGUUUAAUCCUGCAAUUCUGUCAUUGUCCACUGCAGCUGGUAAAAAAACAAAUGUAGUGAGUUAAUGAGCAACAUUACCAAGCUUUAAUGAGGCCCUUGUCUGUUUAAAUGUUUGUACUUUUUUUCAAAUGUCUUAUGAUAACCAUUGACUAGUUUCACCCAGCAGUAAAAGUUCCUUGCAUGCUGCAUGUCAGAACAGCUCAGGGGUCAAGCACUCUGACACUGGUACCAGGCUUCAAAUUGAAAUGCAUUAGAAAAGACACCUGGUACCAGGUGUCACCAGGUGAGGGUUUUCACUUUCUUUUUUUUUUAUAUAUAGCUGAAUACACCUUUGAUGACA